AUGGGUCGUGAUCGUAGCCGUAGUCGGGAACGGAAACGACGAUCGCGUUCGCGUUCGACCGAAAGGCGUCGCGAAAGAAGCAGAAGUCGGGAGAGGGAGAAGGAGAGGAGGACGGACGGCCGGGACGCGCGGAAACAUCGCGACGAGAAGGAGAAACGCUCCAGUCGCAGCAGGUACCGUUUGCGCCGCGAAAUGCUCAAUAAAUUGCCCACGAAUUUCACCAAUUCAUUUCCAGAAGUCCCCGCGAUAAGCGUGAUCGACGGGACCGGAGCAGGUCCCGCGACCGGAAAGAACGAGACCGGGAGCGGCAGAAAAAGGAGAAAAAGGCGGAGAGGAGAGAAAAACAAGGUAAGAACGUUUUCGAAUGCACAGAAAAAUGUGGAAAAAUGCGCAAAAUUGCAGAAGAAAUCACUCUGGAAUCGGUGGAAUCCGUCGACGACGACGCGAUGAAAGCGAUGAUGGGAUUCGGCGGAUUCGACACGACCAAGAACAAACAGGUGGGCGAUUUGAAGCCGAUUUUUGCAAAUAUUCGAUUAUAGGUGAACGACAACGUGGAAGGAUGCGUGAACAUCAAAAAACCGCGUCGAUACCGUCAAUAUAUGAACCGAAAGGGCGGAUUCAACAGGCCGCUCGAUUUUAUGGGAUAA